CAUAGACAUUAUCAAACUCUCCGGAGUUAUCCUUCCUACCAAAGAUACAACAUGGUUCUGGCUGCAAGUAAUGGCGAAACAGAAGGUGUAGAAGAAGUUGCUGGUGUGGAUUUUAGAGGUCACCCUGCUGACAAGUCGAAAACAGGAGGAUGGCUAGCAGCAGGACUCAUCUUAGGUACUGAACUAGCAGAAAGAAUUGUUGUUAUGGGAAUAUCCAUGAACUUAGUGACCUACUUGGUUGGAAAUUUGAAUCUCCCUUCAGCUAAAUCUGCCACCAUAGUUACCAAUGUUUUGGGAACUCUGAACCUGCUUGGCCUCCUUGGUGGCUUCUUAGCUGAUGCCAAACUUGGCAGAUACCUGACUGUUGCUAUAUUUGCAACCAUAGCUGCUCUUGGAGUGUGUUUGUUAACUGUGGCUACAACCGUAUCUACCAUGAGGCCCCCUCCAUGCAAUGAUGUCAAAAGACAACACCAUGAGUGCAUUGAGGCCAGUGGAAAACAGUUGAUUCUGCUAUAUGUAGCACUGUAUACCAUAGCUGUGGGUGGUGGAGGAAUAAAAUCUAAUGUCUCAGGUUUUGGAUCUGAUCAGUUUGAUAUAACAGACCCCAAGGAGGAAAAGAAGAUGAUAUUUUUCUUCAAUAGGUUCUACUUCUUUAUCAGUAUUGGCUCCUUAUUUUCUGUGGUGGUGCUGGUGUAUGUGCAAGACAAUAUAGGAAGAGGGUGGGGAUAUGGAAUUUCAGCAGGUACAAUGUUGAUUGCAGUUGCUGUGUUGCUUUGUGGUACGCCAUUCUAUAGAUUCAAGAGGCCUCAAGGGAGCCCUUUAACAGUUAUAUGGGGAGUAUUAGUUUUGGCUUGGAAGAAGAGGAGGCUUCCUUUCCCUUCACAACCCACCUUUCUCAAUGGUUACCUUGAAGCCAAGGUCCCACAUACUGAGAGGUUCAGGUUCCUUGACAAAGCUGCAAUUCUAGAUGAGAACUGCUCAAAGGAUAGAGCAUGGAUGGUUUCCACAGUGACUGAGGUUGAGGAGGUUAAAAUGGUAAUCAAGCUCAUUCCCAUUUGGUCUACAUGUAUCCUCUUUUGGACAAUCUAUUCUCAAAUGAAUACCUUCACCAUUGAGCAAGCUACAUUCAUGAACCGAAAAAUUGGAUCUAUAGUUGUCCCAUCAGGAUCUCUAUCAGCUUUUCUCUUCAUUACCAUUCUCCUCUUUACUUCCCUAAAUGAGAAACUCACUGUGCCCUUAGCACGGAAACUCACCCACAAUGUCCAAGGGCUCACAAGUCUUCAGAGAGUUGGAAUUGGACUCAUUUUUUCCAUUGCUGCCAUGGUGGUUUCUGCAAUUGUUGAGAAAGAAAGGAGGCAGAAUGCAGUCAAAAAUCAUACUACAAUAAGUGCUUUUUGGCUGGUCCCUCAGUUUUUUCUAGUGGGAGCAGGGGAAGCAUUUGCCUACGUUGGACAACUGGAAUUUUUCAUCAGGGAGUCACCAGAGAGGAUGAAAUCUAUGAGCACUGGACUUUUCCUAACUACCCUUUCAAUGGGUUACUUUAUCAGUAGCUUAUUGGUGUCAAUCGUGGACAAAGUAAGUAAGAAAAGAUGGCUCAGGAGCAAUCUGAACAGCGGCAGGUUAGAUUACUUCUAUUGGCUGCUUGCAGUGCUGGGAGUACUGAAUUUUGUACUUUUUCUUGUCUUAGCAAUGAGGCAUCAGUACAAAGUUCAGCACAACAUAAAGCCUAAUGACACUGCCGAAAAAGAGCUCGUGAGUGCAAAAGAUGUGAUAAUUGGAGUUGAUGGAAAGGAAGAAGCAUAAGAUAUAAUCUUCCAAAAGUUCUCAUUUUAUUUGGCACUAUGUAUAGUGUGGUGUGUAAGAACUAAAUACUACGCCCCUGUUUGUUAAUUUUGGGUGAUUUGCAAAACAUUCAAUUUUAAUGAAGUCAAUUGU